UAUUGAAAGCUUUGGUUAAUUAAUUCAUCGACUUUUAUGACAUUUCAUCAAGUCAUGCCGAUGACGUGCAGAAAAAAAAUCAAUAUGAUCAAAUUCCAAGUAAUAUUGAGUUUACUCUUCGCUGCCGUAACACCAUUCGUCACUUCACAAGUUCCAGUCAGCAGAGAUCCACCGAUAGCUUAUGCGGAUUUCCAUAAGAUUGCCGAUCACUUUCUAAAUGCCACGGGACUAGCUGCUGACUUAAGUGUUACCAAGGCUUUAGGAUGUGGAUUUCGGUGUUUGUUUCACCAUCAGUGCGUCUCUUUUAACUAUGGUGGCAGCGGUGGUAACAACUGCAAGAUUUUGGGCUUUGAUCGAUUUUCAAGUUCGUCUUCAUUAUUACAUGAUGGCAAAUAUGAUUACUACUACAUCAAGCGUGCUUGUGAUGACAAACCUUGUGCUAACAACGGGAAAUGCAUUACGAACGAUGACAGCAGUAAUUUUACAUGUGGCUGUACAAGACUUUUCACUGGCAAAACAUGCAAAGGUAUGCUCAUCAUGUAACAUGCAAGCGUAAUAGGAAAUUGCAUAACAUUAGGGAGCAAUUAUUAUGUGACAUUCUUGCAAUUAAUUGUAGGUCAAA